AAACGCCAUGGAUACAGCUAGUCACAGUCUAGUCCUCCUGCAGCAGUUGAACAUGCAGCGUGAGUUUGGUUUUCUCUGUGACUGUACAGUUGCAAUAGGAGAUGUUUACUUCAAGGCCCACAGAGCAGUGCUAGCUGCUUUUUCAAACUACUUUAAGAUGAUAUUUAUUCACCAGACAAGUGAAUGCAUAAAGAUUCAGCCUACAGAUAUCCAACCAGACAUAUUCAGCUACUUGUUGCACAUCAUGUACACUGGAAAAGGUCCAAAGCAGACAGUCAACCCCAGCCGGCUGGAGGAGGGCAUUCGAUUUCUCCAUGCAGACUACCUUUCCCAUAUUGCAAUUAAAAUGAACCAGAUACUUUCCCCAGAGACGAUGCAGUCUUCAAACUUAUAUGGAAUUCAGAUCUCAACUGCACACAAAGCAACAAAGGAAGGUCUUGGAGCAAAAGAAAAUCUGACAAAUGCCAGCAACAGGUCUGCUAACCAGGGCGAUCACCCACAGUUACAGCUCUCACUUGCCAUUGGACUAGAUGAUGGUACCCUCGAACAACAGAUCACCCAUCCUUCCACCCAAGCAGCUGUCAAACCAGUGGAGGAGCUUCAGAAAUCAUCUGUGUCUAUAAAGCAGGAGAAAUGUGACCCCGAGCCAGUGGUGUCCCAAAGUCACACGUCGCCCUCUCCAGAUGUUUCUAAAACUAAUCUCAAAAUGCAUUUAUGUCAUUACUGUGGGGAGCGUUUUGAUUCCCGUGGCAAUUUGCGGGAACACCUGCACACUCACGUCUCUGGCUCACUUCCCUUUGGCGUCCCAGCCUCCAUCCUGGAGAGCAAUGACCUUGGUGAAGUGCAGCCUAUUACUGAAAAGGGGGAAGCUAUUGAAAGUCACCGGCUCGGUGCCUUCCUACUGAAAGAGAAUGAGCAUCCGUCAGAACAUCCAAGCCAUAGUAACACAGAGCCGUUACAGUAUGGCCAGUUGUCGCUAAUCUCCAAAGACACUGAGCCUGUGGAGUUAAACUGCAACUUCUCUUUUUCAAGAAAGAGAAAAAUCAGUUGCACAGUCUGUGGCCACAAAUUUCUCCGAAAGAGCCAGUUGCUGGAACACAUGUACACACACAAAGGGAAACAAUACAAAUACAACCGAUGCCAAAGGUUUGGUAACCCAGUAGCCCACAAGUUUCAUCCUUAUUGUAACAGUUGGUCUGAUUGUACAGUAAAAAGUUCCAGGCUCUCUCAAGAUCACCUAGAUUCAUCAUGUGCAUUGGAGUCUGAUCUUGCUCCAGAAAAUGUUGAUGCAAUCCUCGUAGAAUAG